UCCACGGGUCCUCACUCACUCGAGUGCACUCCCACCCCCCUCAAAUUACCCAGCAUAAUAACGGAAUAGUAUAGUUUUAUCAGAAUAGUUGGUCGCCAGCCUAGGUCUAGUGCACUGCGGAAAAUGGAGCGGCGAAGUGUGUCAGAUCUUCGAGAGCACUUCCAGAAAAUCCUGCGAAUCGCCGAGGAGGAUCCGAAAUUGUUGAUAGAUCAUGCCGAGGAGACUGAAGGCACCAAACUCGGCGACAACUACAUGUCGGUGGUCCUGAAGACGAGGGUAACCGGGAGAAGAGGAAGUGGUGAAACUUACAGCGGAUCCUUCAUGACGAAAUAUUAUCCGCGUCAUCGGGCUACAGUGCAAGUCAUAAGAAAUGCGGACCUGUUCGUCAAUGAAGCUCACAUGUACAACCGCGUGCUGCCGCACCUCCCGGACAUCGCACCCAGGUGUGUAUUCGCUGAUCAGGAGGAGAUCGUUAUGGCCGAUCUGAAGGACGAGGGGUACGUGGUAAUGCCCCGGCUGAAGCUGUUGGAUCUUGAGCAUUGUAAAGCGGUCGUACAGAAACUAGCUAAACUUCACGGCCGAUCAUACGCCUUGAAGCGGAGAGACCCGCAGAAAUUCCAGGAGUUGCUGUCCCCUACGAAAGAAGCAGUAUUCCCCCCGGACGAUGGCCCCUGCUUGGGAUCGUCCCUGGACAUAAGCAUUAACACGGGCAUAGCCCACUUGAAAUUCCUGGACGACUCAAGCGAAGAGCUCCGCACAGCGAUCGACUUCAUCGAGCGUCUGAUAGGGAAGUCCUUCGACAUAAUGAGGGACCAGGUGCUCUCAGGCCGUGGAAAAUACGACGUGUUGAGUCACGGAGACGCCUGGAACAACAACAUCCUCUUCAAGCACGAGGAUGACGAUCACGUGGUCGAUGUCAAGCUGAUUGACUUUCAGAUUCCGCGCCACGCCUCGGCAGCAAUUGACUUCCACUACUUCAUGUACUCCAGCGCGAAAUCCGUUGUCAUCGAGGAGAACUACGAGGAGGUGAUUAAAUCGUAUCACUCGGCGCUGGUUGACAGCCUGAGACAAUCGAGUGUUCCCGAGGGAGAUGUGAGGGAAAUGUCACUCGAUUGGUUCCAGGGAGAACUCCAGAAGCACCACCUGUACGGACUCAUCACGAGUUUUUGGCUCGUCCAUGCUGUACUCGCUGAGGAGAACGAGACAAUCAACAUGGAUGACUUCAGCGCAGAUUUUAUUGCGGAGGUCGAGAAGAUCGAACCGGUUAUCACCAGGAAGAAAGCCGAGAGGAUCAGGUGCAUCGUCCUGCAUUGGCUCAGAAGAUAUCGAUCGAGAGAUUCCGAAGUGGCGAGACUCAAUAAACAGACGAAAAAAAUCUGAAAUCAGAAGCUUUUUUUUGGAAGUUGGAGCACUUUUCUUCAUUCAGAUGCAAUUUUUUCUUGUUUGAGAACACGAUGCCAUUCGAUGAGAAUGGGAAUUCCACUGCUGAUUUAAAAAAUAACGAAGAUAUCAUUUUAAAAUUGUCCUCCAACUUCUAGAAAUGUCGCUUUCAAUUCCAGAUUUUUUUUCUCUGCAAUGCACCCGUCUGUUCUGUGAUUCGUUAGAAUAAAAAAAGAAUAAAAAAAUCUAAAAUUAUUACAGAAUUAUCGAGGCUCGUGUUAUUUGUUGUCCCGUUUCUCCUGGAGAUUUCCUGGAGAUUGGCUCAGAAGAUAUCGAUCGAGAGAUUCCGAAGUGGCGAGACUCAAUAAACAGACGAAAAAAAUCUGAAAUCAGGAGCUUUUUUUUGGAAGUUGGAGCACUUUUCUUCUUUCAGAUGCAAUUUUUUCUUGUUUGAGAACACGAUGCCAUUCGAUGAGAAUGGGAAUUCCACUGCUGAUUUAAAAAAUAACGAAGAUAUCAUUUUAAAAUUGUCCUCCAACUUCUAGAAAUGUCGCUUUCAAUUCCAGAUUUUUUUUCUCUGCAAUGCACCCGUCUGUUCUGUGAUUCGUUAGAAUAAAAAAAGAAUAAAAAAAUCUAAAAUUAUUACAGAA